AGAUGCCCCAAACUUUUCGUAUUUGCACUUACGCCCCUCCCCUGCCUUCUCAAAAACCCCAUUCCACUCCUACCCUUCUCCCUCAUCCACGCUCUCCGGUAACUCAAAUUACUCUCAAUUACGUGUACUCUACGUCAAUGGAGGUGCCGGAGUAUCUUGACGGCGGCUACUACGGUACCGGAGCCGGUCAAUUUUCGCCGGAGAUGCAGAAAUCCGCCGCCGACCACUUCGCUGUCGACGAAUAUCUCUUGGACUUCUCGAAUGAAGAUGUGGCAAUGACCAGCGGUUUCUUCGAUAAUGUCGCCGGAAAUUCAAGUGAUUCAUCGACGGUUACUGCGGUUGAGAGCUGCAAUUCCUCGGUCUCCGGCGGCGACAAUCGGCUGUCGGGGAAUUUUGGCUCCGGGAGCUUGUGUGAAGCUCAAUUCUCGAGCGAGCUCUGCAUUCCGUGCGACGAUUUGGCCGAGCUCGAAUGGCUCUCGAAUUUCGUGGAAGAUUCAUUUUCGACGGAGGAGAUUGAUAAGAAUCUUCACGCGGUUCGCUUCCCGCCUACGACGUCGUCGUCCGUUCACGGAAGUGCGAAAACGACAUCGUUUUUCCAGGACGAAGCGCUGGCUCUCCCCGGCAAGGCCCGCAGCAAGCGCUCACGCGCUUCUCCAUGCGACUGGUCGACGCGCCUCCUCCAUAUGGCAGCUCCGGCGAAAACGAAGGGAGAGAGUUCGAACGCCGAAACGUCGUGCCGGAAGUGCCUGCAUUGCGCGGCGGAGAAGACGCCGCAGUGGCGGACUGGGCCCAUGGGCCCGAAAACGCUGUGCAACGCUUGUGGGGUCCGGUACAAGUCGGGUCGGCUCGUACCCGAAUACCGACCCGCGGCGAGCCCGACAUUCGUGUCGACGAAGCACUCGAAUUCCCACCGGAAGGUGAUGGAGCUCCGACGGCAGAAGGAGGAGCAGUUUCUGAGUGAAAGUUCAAUAUUCGGGAGAUCGAACGGCUGUAAUGAGUUCUUGAUCCACCGUCGCAACGGCGGUGAUUUCAGUCACAUGAUGUAGAAUUUUGCCGUAAAAAAAGGGGAUAGAAGACAGAAGAGGAAAAAGCUAUAAAAAGAAUUAAAUAGAUUCUGUACUUUUUUUAACCUUUCCAUCAGUAAAAAAACCUUUGGAAUUGAGAGAGGAUAAUGAUUAUGGUAGGGACUGAAUGAAUGUACGGACUGUUUUCAUGAUAAAAUUAUAUUGGAUGAAAAAUCUUCUUUCUA